AGAGACACCAAGAAAAUGUAUGCCAUGAAAUAUAUGAAUAAACAGAAGUGCAUCGAGAGAGAUGAGGUCCGGAACGUCCUUCGAGAGCUACAGAUCAUGCAGGGGCUGGAGCAUCCUUUCCUUGUCAAUCUGUGGUAUUCUUUCCAGGAUGAAGAAGACAUGUUCAUGGUGGUGGACCUGUUAAUGGGAGGAGACUUACGCUAUCAUUUGCAUCAGAAUGUCCAAUUUAAUGAAGCAGCAGUGAAGCUGUAUAUCUGUGAGCUGACCCUGGCCCUUGACUACCUGCAGAGUUAUCGUAUCAUUCACCGAGAUAUCAAACCUGACAACAUACUACUGGAUGAGCAUGGGCAUGUUCAUAUCACGGACUUUAACAUUGCUACAGUUGUGAAUGGCUCAGAAACAGCUGCCUCAUUAGCUGGGACCAAGCCCUACAUGGCUCCAGAAAUAUUCCAGACAUUCUUGGAUGGAGGUCCAGGAUACUCAUACCCUGUAGACUGGUGGUCUUUAGGAAUCACAACAUAUGAAUUACUGCGGGGCUGGAGGCCAUAUGAAAUCCGCUCUGUCACACCAAUCGAAGAGAUCCUCAGCAUGUUCAAAAUAGAGCAAGUUCAUUACUCCUCUGCUUGGUGCAAGGGCAUGGUGGCACUGCUCAAGCAGCUCCUCACAAGGGACCCAGAGUGCCGGGUUUCCAGCCUUUCGGAUAUGCAGAGCUCCCCCUACUUAGCCGAUAUGAAUUGGGAUGCUGUUCUUGAGAAAUCCCUUGUCCCGGGCUUCAUACCAAAUAAAGGAAGGUUGAAUUGUGACCCAACAUUUGAACUAGAAGAAAUGAUUCUAGAAUCAAAACCACUUCAUAAGAAGAAGAAACGACUCGCUAAGAACAAAGCCAGAAAUGACACCAAGAGCUACCCACUGAACGUACACCUACAGCAGUGCCUGGAAACUGUGAGGAAGGAAUUCUUCAUAUUCAACAGAGAAAAGCUCAGAAAGGAAGAACAAAGUGGGAAGAAGGAUGGCACAGACACCAGAGCAACGUUUCCAACUCAUGGCAAACUUCAGGAUGGACACAACAACAAUGUACUGGGACAGGGCUGCACACGGGGCUGCUGCAGCUAG